ACUCUUGGGAGGAGUACUGUGAAACCUAUUCAUUCGAACAGUCUAUGAUAUUGUUCGCGCUCUACGGCAGUAGUGGAUUCUUGUUGGUAUCUGGCAAUUAUAAGGAAUUUCAAGUUUUCUAUAAUUGGCUCAUUGUCACUGCCCACAUAAUUGUCCUGAUGUUUGGUUAUAUUGUCUUUGCAAGGCUCCUAAGGGAUCAUCCGCUAUGGCAGGGAACUCUUAUAUGUGCUGGAACUUUGGUGAGCAGCUUUAUAACAGUCCUCUUACACGUUUUAGUAUGUAAGGACAUCGUAAGAAAUCGUUGGAUAAGGACCAUUUUGGGAGCCAUUAUAGUUCCUUCUGGAUCUGUACGAAAUGAUCGCAAUAAAAUAUAUUCCUAA